UGGGGAGGCGACGGGCGCCUGAAUGUUACGAAGGUGGCAAUUCAGAGUGAGACAGUACAUCGAGUCGAAGCAUUCGUGGAAGCGAGAGAGAAAUAUCUAGUGGGCAGUGCAAGGAUUUGAAAGAACCUGUUGUCAUGUUUUCACCGCACAUCUCCGGGGCAUGUAGGUGCACGAUUAAGCGAGCCGCUCACUUUUUCAGCCGUCCCGUUUCCGCUGGCCCCGACGACUGGAUCUUCUCCUCCCUGACAGUUGGUUCGCAGAAGCAGAGAUUUCUUUCUCCGUCGUUCGUUAGAUCCUACGUCGCACCGGUCAGCACGAUGGCUAAGAUAAAGGCAGGACCCGUUGUGGAUAUUCUUGGUGAUGAGAUGACCCGGAUUAUUUGGGAGUCGAUUAAGGAUAAACUUAUUCUCCCAUACUUAGAUAUAGAAUUACAUACUUAUGAUCUAGGAAUUGAAAAUAGAGAUAAAACUGAAGACAAAGUUACAGUUGAUUGUGCGGAAGCAAUUAAGCGCUAUAAUGUUGGCAUUAAGUGUGCAACAAUUACUCCAGAUGAGAAAAGAGUAGAAGAGUUUAAUUUAAAGAAAAUGUGGAAAAGUCCAAAUGGAACCAUUAGAAAUAUAUUAGGUGGUACAGUUUUCCGUGAGGCGAUCAUUUGUAAAAACAUUCCUAGGCUGGUAAACAAUUGGAAUCAACCAAUUAUUAUUGGAAGACAUGCACAUGGCGAUCAAUAUAAAGCUACCGAUUUUGUAGUCCCAGGUCCUGGUACAUUAGAGAUCACUUGGAAAGGAACUUCUGGCGAAGUUAUUAAACAUAUUGUAAAUGAAUUUAAAGGACCAGGUGUUGCCCAAGCUCAGUUUAAUACGGAUGAGAGUAUCGAAGCCUUUGCUCAUAGCUCGUUCAAAUAUGCAUUAUCUAGAAAUUACCCUCUAUAUCUAUCAACCAAGAAUACUAUACUCAAGAAAUAUGAUGGAAGAUUUAAGGACAUCUUCCAAACCAUUUAUGAAGCAGAGUAUAGAAGUAAAUUUGAAGAGAAGAAGUUGUGGUAUGAGCACCGUUUGAUUGAUGACAUGGUUGCUUACGCCAUGAAAUCAGAAGGUGGUUUUGUGUGGGCUUGUAAAAAUUAUGAUGGCGAUGUCCAGUCGGAUUCGGUUGCACAAGGCUAUGGUUCUCUCGGUUUGAUGACAUCUGUGCUGCUUUGUCCGGAUGGUCGUACUGUCGAAGCCGAAGCUGCCCAUGGUACUGUAACUCGCCAUUAUCGAAUGCAUCAACAAGGAAAGGAAACCUCAACAAAUCCCAUUGCCUCAAUAUUUGCAUGGACCAAAGGUCUACUUCAUCGUGCUAAAUUGGAUAAUAACGUUGAUUUAAAGAAAUUUGCCGAGACUCUAGAAACGGUGUGUGUAUCCACAAUCGAGUCUGGUUCUAUGACAAAAGAUCUUGCCAUUUGCAUUAAAGGAAUGAACAAAGUUACUCGGUCAGACUAUCUUGAGACUUUUGAGUUCAUGGACAAAUUGGCUGAUAAUCUAAAAAAACAACUUACGGCAUGACUUACUAAAGAAACAAAUUCAUUUAUAAUGACAUUUUCGAAGUACUAGAAAUAGUAUUUCUCUCUAUUAGAGGAACUAUAUAUUAAAUAUUACCGAAAAUCAUUCGCAUUUAUUUUAAAGAAUGCAUGCAACAACUCAUGCCAGUAAUCUGGGAAAAGACCCUAAUAUGAGCUCGAAUUGUCAAACGUAUAGAAACGUCUGCAAUUAAAAAUCAAUUUUACAUCUAUUUUCGAAUAUCAUUCUCUUUGUUUAAGUGAAUGCAAAUUUCUUAGCACGCAUUCGUAGAUAUUGCCUAAAACUAAAUAACGAACAAAUUAAAUAUUGUUACUAUUUGUUUGUAGGUUUAAAAAAAAACUUUUAUACAGUACUCAUUCCUAUUGAUUUAUAGUGACUUUCGUAUAGAAAUUCUUAUAUUUAAUAUGUACUGAUUGGUAAUGGCAUUUUAUACUUACAAUUGUGUCUUGUAAAAUAUAUUAUUUUUGUAGAAUAAGCUAAAUGCGAUACAGUAACUGGUGUUAUACAUUAUAAGGCUGUGGAAAGUAGCAAUAUUCUUUUACAAUAAAUGUUUUCAAUGAA